AUGACCGACGGCGCUCAGAAUUGUUAUAGCCGCGUGGUAGCUAUACAAUGGCCUUUUUUAAAAAGAAAAGUUGAAUGUGCUGGUGUAGCAUUCUUGAGAUAUUAUAAUAUUAAAUGUCACGGCGAAGACACACAAUUAUUGACGUCAACUUCAAAAGAUAAUACGGAAGAAGUGAUAUUUGAAGAUGAUGUAGAAUAUCUGCGUAGCUUGGACCCGAAAGAAUGGAAAAAGCAGGACCAUUACGCUGUUCUUGGUAUGAAAGACUUGCGAUAUAAAGCAACUGAAGAUGAUAUUAAACGAGCUUACCGUCAAAAGGUACUUAAACAUCACCCGGACAAACGGAAGGCGCAAGGCGAAGAGGUGCGUAGUGACGAUGACUAUUUCACGUGUAUUACUAAAGCAUAUGAGACCCUGGGUACACCAAACAAACGCAAAUCAUAUGACUCCAUAGAUCCAACGUUCGACGAUUCCAUACCAACAACUGCUGAAGUAAAGAAGGAAGGUUUCUUUAAAGCAUUUGCCAAGUACUUUGAAACUAAUGCACGCUGGUCUGAAAAGAGAAAUGCGCCUUUAUUGGGUGAUGACAAUAGUUCCCGAGAAUAUGUAGAGAGGUUUUAUGCAUUUUGGUACGAAUUUGAUUCUUGGCGCGAAUUUUCGUACUUGGAUGAAGAAGAGAAAGAAAGGGGUGCUGAUAGGGAGGAGAGGAGAUGGAUAGAAAAGCAAAACAAGGCAGCAAGAGCAAAAUUAAAGAAGGAGGAAAUGGCUAGAAUCCGUAGUCUUGUAGAUUUAGCUUAUGCAAAUGAUCCAAGAAUUCAGCGUUUCAAACAAGAAGAUAAAGACAAGAAAUUAGCUGCAAAGCGUGCAAGACAGGAUGCCGUUCAAGCUAAAAAGGCCGAGGAGGAGCGUCUUAUGAAAGAGGCGCUGCUCGCUAAGCAGAAGGCAGAGGAAGCUGAGAAGGCGCGUCUCGACGCUGCGAGGGCGGAGAGGGAACAGCUCAAGAAGAACCUGCGCAAGGAGCGCAAAUCCCUCAGGGAUAUGUGCAAAGCCAACAACUACUACGCGCGCAACGACGACGAAACCGUCGCGCAUUUGGCCGCAGUGGAGAAGAUUUGCGAGCUGAUGAAAGCCGCCGAGCUGCAGGACUUUAUGAAAGAAUUGGAGGCGAACGGCAGGGACGCUUUCUUGAGGACCGUCAAGGAAACCGAGGAAAAACUCGAGGCAGAACGUAGAGCCUUGUUCGAAACGAAGAAAUCCGAGGAUCAGAAGGCGAAGAAGACGGCGGUAUUGAAAGCCUCCAUCGAAUGGAUACCGGAAUUGACCCAGCUCCUGAUAAAGGCCGUGAACCUGUUCCCAGCGGGCACCAACCAGCGGUGGGAGGUGGUCGCCAACUUUCUCAACCAGCACGGAACGUUCGCCGACGAGAGACGCUUCAACGCUAAGGAGGUGCUGAACAAAGCUAAAGACCUGCAGAGCUCCGAUUUCUCCAAGAGCAGCCUGAAGAAGGCCGCCAACGAGGAGGCCUUCGAUCAGUUCGAAAAGGACAAGAAGAAAGUGGUGAAUAGCAUCGACGACAGCGGCAUAUCGAAGUACGACGCGAAACUGGUGAACGGCGUGGCUAAGCCAAAAGUGAAUGGAGACGUCGUGAAGGAAACCGCGAGAGAGGAGCGGCCGUGGACGAAAACCGAGCAAGAGCUGCUGGAGCAAGCGAUAAAGACAUUCCCGGUGAGCACUCCAGAGAGAUGGGACAAAAUAGCCGAAUGCAUCCCCAAUCGCACCAAGAAAGACUGCAUGAAGAGAUACAAAGAAUUGGUUGAACUGGUCAAAGCGAAGAAACAAGCAGCCAGUAUGGCU